AUCCAAAAUUCGGUUACAGAAACGAGGAAUGAUUUUUCAGCCCAAAAUGUGCAGAAAAUGUUAAAAUCAUUUAAAGAGGAAGUAAAAAUCCGUUUGGGAAUUGAAACACAAGUUUUGGGUCAAAUAAAAGAAAAUAAAGUAGAUAAUGAAGAAUUUAUUAAAAAAAGAUCAGAUUCUGGGUUUACUGAAACCUCUUUCCUUCAAAGUGAAUAUUUAAAGAUUAACGAAAAUAUUUUUGAAGAAAAGGGAAUUAUUGAAGAAUUAAAUAUUCCCAUUUAUUUAGAAGAAAAUUCUAAAGAUUUUGCUUCUAAUGAAAUUUUAGAGAAGAAUUUAGAAAAUAUUGAAGAGUAUUUUGUACCUUUAAAAGAAGAAAUAAAGGGAGAAGAAAAUAAUAAUUUUAAUUUAUUACAAAUUUAUCAUCCUGAAGAAUCUUUACAAGUUUCUGUAAUGUUACUUGAACAAAAUCAACAAUUAAUUUCGCCAAUUUCUGAAAGAACUAUUAAAAUACCCGAAGAAAAAAAUAAAAGUUCUUCUUCUUUAGAUUCUGUUGGAAUAAAUUCUGAAAUUUCAAAAAUUAGUUCUGAAGAGGAAAAAGAAUUAAAAGAACAAAAACAACAUUCUUCACCUUCUUUAAAAAUAUUAGGGUUUGAUGCUAAAGUUUUCGAAUCAGAAAAAGAUUUCGUGUUUCGAAUAAAAGCUGUUGUGAAAAAUGAACCAAAAAAAGUAAUUGAUAGUCAAAUAAAAGUUGAGGAAUGGUUAACGAAAUAUGUAGAUGUUCAAUUAUUUGAAGAAGACGAAAUUAAUGAAAAAGAGGGGGAGGAACUAUUGACUGAAAAAGAUGAAUCGGAAAUUUUAAAGAAGAUAAUGAAAUCUUCAAGACAAUCGUCGAUUACAAAAGAAUUUAGUGAAGUGAAAGAAUUUCCGGUUAUUUCUAUCAAACACGAACUUCAAAAAUCAAAAUCUGAAGCAGAAGUCUCUAAAUUAAUAAAAGAACAAAGAAAAGAAGAAAUAAAUAUAAAUACAAAAACAUUUAGAGAGGAAUUUAAAAAUUUCCAGGCAAAUUUGAUUGGAAAGGAAGAUUGGGAAAGUUAUAGAAAAAUAAUUAAAUCUGCCAGUCAAUCAUCAGUUAUUUCCAAAAUAAAAGAAUUUGGGGAAACUCGAUUUGAUUCUUCUAUUUCCUUUGAUCAGAGACCAAAAAAUUGGGAAGAAUUUGAAAUUGAAAUUAAACAGAAGCGAAAAUUAGAAGAGAAAAUCAGCACAAAAGCAGUUGAAGAUUUCAAAACACAAAAAGAAAUAAAUUUCGAAAAAUUAUUUGCCCAAGAGAAUACAAAUUUGAAUAUGAAGGAAAAAUUAAAAGAAAAAUCCUUUUUAGCAACUAAAGCCCCAAUUUACGAGAAAAAGGAUUUUAUUGCAAACUUAAUUGGGAAAGAAGAAUGGGAAAGUGCUAGAAAAAUAACAAAAUCUGUUAGCCAAUCUGCAAUUAAUUCUAAAAUUAAAGAAUUUAUUGAAACGAGGUCUGAUUCAGUUAUUUCUAUUGAUCAGAGAUCGAAGGAUUCUGAGGAAUUUGGAAUUGAAAUUAAAGAGAAAAGAAAAUUGAAUGAAAAAAUAAAUACAAAAUCAGCCAGUGAUUAUAAAAUUAAAAAUGAAAUAAUUCUAGAAAAACUAAAUUCUGAGGAAAAAACCGAUAAGAAAUUAAAGGAAAAAUUACAAGAAAAAACAUUCCUUUCAUCAAAAACCUCAAUUCACGAGAAAAAAGAAUUUUCAGCCAAUUUUGUUGGAAAAGAAGAAUGGAAAAGUGAUAGGAAGAUAAUUAAAUUAGCAAGUCAAUCCUCAAUUAAAUUUAAAGGCAGGGAAUUUAGUGAAGAGAGGGCAAGUUCUUCGAUAUCAGUUGAUCAGAAACCAAAGGAUUUUGAAGAAUUUGAAAUAAAAAUUAAAAAGAAAAGGGAAUUGGAAGAAAAAAUAAAAACAAAAUCAGCUGGAGAUUUUAAAAUUGGAAGUCAAAUGAUUUUUGAACAGUUAGAUAAGCAAGAAAAGACAGACUUAAAAUUAAAGGAAAAAUUACAAGAAAAAUCCCUUUUGCCUUCAAAAGCUCCAAUUUAUGAGGAAAAAGAAUUUUCUGCCAAUUUAAUAGGAAAAGAAGAAUGGAAAAAUGCUGCAAAGCUUCAAAAAUCAGCCAGUUUAUCAUCGAUUAUUUCCAAAAUAAGAGAAUUUGUUGAAACGAGAUCUGAUUCGGUUAUUUCUAUUAAUCAAAGACCGAAAGAUGUUGAAGAAUUUGGAAUUGAAAUAAAAGAGAAGCGACAAUUAGAAGAAAAAAUCAACACAAAAGCAGUUGGAGAUUUCAAAAUUGAAAGUCAAAUGAUUCUAGAAAAACUAAUUUGUGAAGAGAAAGCUGAUAAGAAAUUAAAGGAAAAAUUAAACGAAAAAACUUUCCUUUCAUUUAAAGCCUCAAUCAAAGAAUUAAAAGAAUUUUCAGCCAAUUUUGUGGGAAAAGAGGAAUGGGAAAGUACUAGAAAAAUUCAAAAAUCAAAAAGUUUGUCUUCAGUAACAUUAAAAUUAAAAGAAUUUAUUGAAUCUCGAGCAUCUUCUGUUUUGUUUAUAGAAAAACCGAAGGAAUACUUGGAAGAAUCAGAAAUAAAAUUAAAAGAAAAAUACAAAAUUAAAGAAAAAUUAAAUACAAAAGAAAUGGGGGAUUUAAAAAUUGGACAAAAUAUUUAUUUUGAACAAAUGAGUAAACCAGAAAUUAUUGGAUUUACUCAAAAAGAAAAAAUAAAAGAGAAGUCAAUAUUAAAAUAUAAACCCUCAACUCAAGAAAUUAAAGAUUUCCAAGCAAAUUUACACGAGAAAGAAGAAUGGGAAAGUGAUAGAAAGAUAAUUAAAUCAGCAAGUCAAUCUUCAAUUAAAUUUUUUGGGAGAGAAUUUAGUGAAGAGAGGGCAAGUUCUUCGAUAUUAAUUAAUCAGAAACAAACAGAUUUUGAAGAAGUUGAAAUUAAAAUAAAAGAUAAAAGACCAUUAGAAGAAAAAAUAAAGACAAAAUCAGCUGGAGAUUUUAAAAUUGAAGAAGGGAUAGUUAUGGAAAUAUUACCGGAUGAGGGAAUCUCAUCUUCAAUUUUGAAGGAAAAAAGUAAUGAGAAGUUUAAAUUAUCAACUAAGGCCCCAAUUUACGAGGAAAAAGAAUCAUUCAAUUUUUUCGAAAAAGACAAAGAUUUCCAGAAUUCCAGAAAAACACAAAAUUCUUCUAAUUCAAGUUCUGCUUUUUCAAUUUUUUCUUUUUCUAAAAAAUCAGAAUAUUCAAAACAAAAAGAAAUAAAAUUAUUAGACAAAAUAAAAUUAAAAGAAAAAUUAAAUACUCAGUCCUCCAAAAAUAUUAAUAUUUUUAAAGAAACAAUUUUUUAUAAAAAAUCAAAUUGUGAAGAAAAAAUAUUUAAAUUAAUAAAAGAAAAAUUAAAAGAAAAUAUUUAUUUAAAAUUAAUUUACAAUUUACAACAAAUAAUUUUAUUUGGAAAAGAAGAAAAAGAAGAAAUAAAAAAAUUAAAUAAAGAAAAAAAUAAAUUAAAAAUUAAAUUUAAAAUUAAAGAAUUGGAAAAAGUAAAGAUUUUCUCAACAAUUUUUAUUGAAAAAUUUCCAAAAAUUUUUGGAGAAAUUGAAGAAAAAAUAAAAGAAAAGAGCUGGUUAGAGAAGAAAAUAAAUUUAAAAGAAUCAGAAUAUUCUGAAAUAAAUAUUCAAUUUAUUUUUGAAAAUAAUGAAGAAAAUAUAAAGAAUGCUUUAAUAAAGAUUAAUGAAAAAAUUAAAGAAAAAUAUUUAUUUUCGAUUAAAUCAACAAAAAAUGAAUUUAAGGAAUUAAAUAUAAAUUUAACAAUUAAAGAAGACUGGGGAAGUAUUACAAAAUUAAAUAAAUUAAAAAAUAAAAAUUUGGCAGAAUUAAAAAUUAAAGAAUUUAAUAAAAUAGAAGUAAAUGCAAUAAUUAAUUUAAUUAAAAAUUUAAAUAUUUUUGAAGAAGUAGAGGUUAAUUUGAAGGAAAUAAAUUAUUUAAAUGGUGAAAAAUUAAAAAUACUAAAUGGAAAAUUGGAAGAAAAGCUUGUAAAUGUAUUUUUAGUUAAAAAGGAUGAAGAAGGAAAAGAAAAUUUUGUAUUUAAUUUACAAAAAUCACAAGAUUAUAAGCUAGGAAAAACAAUUAAAUUAGUGAGCUGGGAAAUAAAUAAAAAUAUUUUAGAGAAAAUUGAAGUUAUAACGCCGCAUACUAUUAUAUCAAGAAAUUUAGAAAUUAAAGAAGCGAUCAAAAAAAGCACAGAAAUCAAUAUAUUAAAUGAAAAUUUGGGUGAUGUUAAAAAGGAAAUGGUUGUUGUUGACUUUAAAAAAUGGGUAAAGGAGGAAGGGGAAUAUAAUGUUGAGGGAGAAAAUCAAGAGAUGAUAGAGGAGGGAAUUGAAAUAUUAAAUAAUUUGGUAAUAGUACAAGAAUAUCCAAAAGUUGAGGCAGAAAAAUGUAAAAUUGUUUUAAACAAUGUAAUAAUAGAAGUAAAAAUGUCAGGAGGAAAGAAAGUGAAUGAAUGUUGUAGAAAAAUAUUAAAAUCCCCUAAUCAAUUUUCAACUAAAUUUAUUGUUAAAGAAUUUAUUGAAGAAAAAACAAGUCCAAUUAUAUCAUCUAAUCUGGUGAUCCCAGAAAUAUUUGAAGAGUCUGAGUUUAAAAUUGAGGAGAAACAAAAAGUGGAAGAAAAAAUCAAAGUAAAAUCAGCUGGAGAUAUUAAAAUUCAAAAAGAGUUAGUUUGGGAAAAGUUGCAAGAUGGGGAAAUAUCAUCUUUAAAUUUGAAAGAAAAAAGGGAUAAGAAGGCUCUCUUAUUAACUAAAGCCCCAAUUUAUGAGGAAAAAGAGUUUAUUGUCAACUUAAUUGGAAAAACAAAUUUGGAAGAAAUUCAAGAAAUAAAAAAAUCCAAAAGUCAAACAAAUAUUUCAUUUAAAUCAAAAGAAAUGAAUGAAGAAGGAUUAAAUUCAAUUAUUUAUAUUGAAAAUAAAUUAAAAGAUAAAAAUGAAAUUGAAGUAAUUUAUUCAGACAAAUAUAAAAUACAAGAAAAAUUAAAUACACAAUCUGCCGGAGAUGAAAAAAUUAUUUCAGAAAAAUCUCUUCAAAAAUCAAAAUCUGAAGCAGAAGUUUUUAAAUUAGUAAAAGAGCAAAGAAAAGAAGAAAUAAAUAUAAAUACAAAAACAUUUAAAGAGGAAUUUAAAAAUUUCCAAGCAAAUUUGAUUGGAAAGGAAGACUGGGAAAGUUAUAGAAAAAUAAUUAAAUCUGCCAGUCAAUCAUCAGUUAUCUCCAAAAUAAAAGAAUUUGGGGAAACUCGAUUUGAUUCUUCUAUUUCUUUUGAUCAGAGACCAAAAAUUUGGGGAGAAUUUGAAAUUGAAAUUAAGGAGAAAAGAAAAUUAGAAGAGAAUAUCACCACAAAAGCAGUUGGGGAUUUCAAAACACAAAAGGAAAUAAAUUUCGAAAAAUUAUUUUCCCAAGAAAAUACAAAUUUGAAUUUGAAGGAAAUGUUAAAAGAAAAAUCCCUUUUGUCAACUAAAGCCCCAAUUUACGAGAAAAAAGAAUUUUUUGCCAAUUUAAUUCUUGGAGAGGAAUCGGAAAGUACCAGAAAAAUACAAAAAUCUGCUAGUGAAAUAAAUACUUCAGUUAAAUUAAAGGAAUUUAUUGAAAAUAGAUUUGAUUCGGUUAUUUCUUUUAAUCAGAACCCAAAAAAUUCCGAAAAAUUUGAAAUUGAAAUCAAGAAAAGAAAAUUAGAAGAGGAAAUCAACACAAAAGCAGUUGGGGAUUUAAAAAUCGAAAGUCAAAUAGCUCUGGAACGUUCAAAUUUUGAAGAAGAAGCAAAUAUGAAAUUAAAGGAAAAAUUACAAGAAAAAACUUUCAUCUCUUCAAAAGCUUUAAUCCACAAGGAAAAGGAUUUUAGCGCAAACUUAAUUGGAAAAGAAGAAUGGGAAAGUUCAAAGAAGAUAAUUAAAUCAGCUAGUCAAUCUUCAAUUAAAUUUAAAAGCAGGGAAUUUAGUGAAGAAAGGGCAAAUUCUGUUAUUUCCUUUUAUCACGGACAAAAAGAUUUUGAAGAUUCUGAAAUUGAAAUUAAGGAGAAAGUAAAAUUGAAUGAGAAAAUCAACACAAAAGCAAUUAAAGAUAUCAAAACACAAAGGGAAAUAAAAUUUGAAAAAUUAUUUGCCGAAGAAAAUACAAAUUUGAAUAUGAAGGAAAAAUUAAAAGAAAAAUCCUUUUUGUCAGCCAAAGCCCCAAUUUACGAGAAAAAAGAUUUUACAGUGAACUUAAUUGGAGAAGAAGGAUGGGAAAGUACCAUAGAGCUUCAAAAAUCAGCCAGUUUAUCAUCAGUUAUCUCCAAAGUAAGGGAAUUUGUUGAAACGAGAUCUGAUUCAGUUAUUUCUAUUGAACAAGGACCAAAAGACAGGGAGGAGGUUGAGUUUAGAAUAAAAGAGGAAAGGCAUUUAAAAGAAAAAAUAAACAUAAAUGCUUUUGAAGAUUGUAAAAUUGAAGAGAAAAUAGUUUAUAAAAAACCCAGUACCGAAGAAAAGGCAUCUUUUAAUUUAAAAGAAAAACAAGAAGGGAAAAUGAAUUUCAAUUUAAGAGCUUCAAAUUUAAGUUUAGAUUUACUAGGAAAAGAAGAAUGGGAAAAUGCCGGAAAAAUACAAAAAUCAGCUAGUGAAAUAAAUAUUUCAAUUAAAUUAAAGGAAUUUAUUGAAACAAAAUUUGAUUCGAUUAUUUCCUUUAAUCAGAGACCAAAAGAUUCUGGGGAAUUUGAAAUUGAAAUUAAAGAGAAAAGAGAAUUGGAUGAGAAAAUAAAAACAAAAUCAGCUGGAAAUUUUAAAAUCGAAAGUCAAAUUAUUUUGGAACAUCCAGAUUCUGAAGAAAAAAUUGAUAUGAAAUUAAAGGAAAAAUUACAAGAGAAAACUUUCCUUUCAUCAAAAGCCUCAAUCAAAGAAUUAAAAGAAUUUUCAGCCAAUUUUGUAGGAAAAGAGGAAUGGGAAAAUUCAAAGAAGAUAAUUAAAUCAGCAAGUCAAUCUUCAAUUAAAUUUUUUGGUAGAGAAUUUAGUGAAGAGAGGGCAAUUUCUUCGAUAUCAAUUGAUCAGAAACAAAAAGAUUUUGAAGAAUUUGAAAUUAAUUUAAAGGAAAAGAGACAAUUAAAAGAGGUAAUGAACACACAAGAACUUCAAAAUAAUGAAAUUCGAGAAGGGGUUUUUAUGGAAAAAUUACAGAAUGAGGGAAUCUCAUCUUUAAUUUUGAAGGAAAAAAGGAACGAAAAGGAUGUUUUAUCAACUAAAGUCCCAAUUUACGAGGAAGAAAAAGUUUCUACCAAAUUACUUGGUAAAGAAGAGAUGGAGAAUAUUAGAAAAAUACAAAAAUCAAAAAACCAAACAAAUAUUUCAUUUGAAGGAAGAGAAAUGAUCGUUUACUCAGACAAAUAUAAAAUACAAGAAAAAUUAAAUACAAAAACAUUUGGAGAUGUUAGAAUUGAGGAAGAAAAAUUUCUGCAAAAAUCAAAAUCUGAAGCAGAAGUCUCUAAAUUAAUAAAAGAACAAAGAAAAGAAGAAAUAAAUAUAAAUACAAAAACAUUUAAAGAGGAAUUUAAAAAUUUCCAAGCAAAUUUGAUUGGAAAGGAAGACUGGGAAAGUUAUAGAAAAAUAAUUAAAUCUGCCAGUCAAUCAUCAGUUAUUUCCAAAAUAAAAGAAUUUGGAGAAACGAGAUCUGAUUCUUUUAUUUCUUUUGAUCAGAGACCAAAAACUUGGGGAGAAUUUGAAAUUGAAAUUAAAGAGAAGCGGAAAUUAGCAGAGAAAAUCAACACUAAAGCAGUCGGAGAGUUAAAAAUUGAAAGUCGAAUAGCUUUGGAACAUCCAAAUUUUGAAGGAAUAACUGAUUUGAAUUUAAAGGAAAAAUUACAAGACAAAACUUUCUUAUCAUCAAAAGCCUCAAUCCACGAGAAAAAGGAUUUUACCGCAAAUUUAAUUGGAAAAGAAGAAUGGGAAAGUGAUAGGAAGAUAAUUAAAUCAGCUAGUCAAUCUUCAAUUAAAUUUUUUGGUAGAGAAUUUAGUGAAGAAGGGGCAAUUUCUUCGAUAUCAAUUGAUCAGAAACAAAAAGAUUUUAAAGAAUUUGAAAUUAAAAUUAAAGAGAAAAGAAAAUUAGAAGAGAAAAUCAGCACAAAAUCAGCCGGGGAUUUCAAAACACAAAAUGAAAUAAAUUUAGAACAAUCAAAUGACAAAAAAGAAACAUCAUCUUCGAUAAAAGAAACCCCAAAAGAAAAAUCUGUUUUAAUGAUAAAAGAAACCCCUAAAGAAAAAACUUGUUUAUCAUCUAAAGCUUCAAUUGAGGAGAAAAAAGAGUUUUGGUUAAAUUUUGAAGGUAAACAAGUUUUGGAAAGUACUGGAAAACUACAAAAAUCAUCCAGUUUAUCAACAAUUAAAUUUACAACAAAAGAAACAAUUGAAGAGAGAGCAAGUUCAAUUAUAUCCCUUACACACCCAACAGAAUAUUUAAAAGAAAUUGAAAUAAAAUUUAAAGAAAAUAUUAAAUCUGUUGAAAAUAUUAAAAUAAUUCAAAGACAAUUAAAUUUAAACCAAAAAAAUGAAAAGGGAAGAGAAAUAGGCAAAUUAUUUAAAGAAGUUUGUAUUGACAAAAUAAGUAAAAAAUUAAAAGCCCCAACUUUUGAAUUAAAACAAUCUUUUAUUAAUUUAUCAACAAGUAGAGAAGCCUUAGAAAAUGCUCAAAAUUUAAUAAAAUCCCCAAAUCAAAAUUCUACAAACUUCCAAAGUAAAGAAUUUGGAAAAGAACAAACCCAGUUAAUUUUGCAAUUAAAUUCUGUAGAAAAAGAAAAAUCAGCAGCAGAAAUUAAAAUUCUUGAUAAAAUACAAGAAAAACAAAAAGCUGAAUUAAUUUGUGAAGAAACAAAAAAUUACAAAAAUAAAAUAGGGUUAAUUAAUGAAAUUAAUACAAUUUGGAAUAUUUCUUUAUUGAAAGAGGGAGAAGAGACCGUGGGGAUUUUAAUUAAAGCUAGCGAAAAAGAAAAAAUAGAAAAAGUAUUUAUUGCCCCUAUAAAAAGUGUUUCUUCAGAAAUUGAAGAAAUUGGAAGAGAAAAUAUUUUUGUAGAAGCUGAACAAAGGAAUGAAGCGGAAAAAAUAUUAAAAGAAAAAAUAAAAAUAUUUGAAGGCAAAAAAUUGAAAGAAUUUGGUUUAGAAGAGGCUACAAAAACAAUUGGAUUAACAUCAAAAGAAAAGGAUUUUGAAGAAAUAAAUACAAAAUUAGAAGAAAAAAAUGAGGAAAAAGUUGAAUUGAAGUCUAAAGCUUCUAUUGAAGAUAAAAGAAUUAUCGAGACAACAAUUACCGGAAGAGAGGAAGGAGAGGAUGCCAAUAAAAUAAUUAAAUCAGCAAGUCAAUCUUCAAUUAAAUUUAGUGGCAGAGAAUUUAGUGAAGAGAGGGCAAUUUCUUCGAUAUCAAUUGAUCAGAAGCAAAAAUAUUUUGAAGAAAUUGAAAUUAAAAUUAAAGAGAAAAGACAAUUGGAAGAAAGAAUAAAGACAAAAUCAGCUGGAGAUUUUAAAAUUGAAGGUCAAAUGAUUUUUGAACAGUUAGAUGUCCAGGAGAAGGCAGACUUAAAAUUAAAGGAAAAAUUACAAGAAAAAGCCCUUUUGUAUUCAAAGGCCUCACUUCAUGAGGAAAAAGAAUUUUCUGCCAAUUUAAUAGGAAAAGAAGAAUGGGAAAGUACCAGAAAGCUUCAAAAAUCAGCCAGUUUAUCAUCAGUUAUUUUCAAAGUAAGGGAAUUUGUUGAAACGAGAUCUGAUUCAGUUAUUUCUAUUAAUCAAAGAACGAGAGAUUCUGAAGAGUUAGAGUUUAAAAUAAAAGAGAAGCGACAAUUAGAAGAAAAAAUCAACACAAAAUCAGUUGGAGAUUUCAAAAUUGAAAGAAAAAUUACAAGAAAAAACCUUCCUUUCAUCAAAAGCCUCAAUCCAAGAAAUAAAAGAAUUUUCAGCCAAUUUUGUAGGAAAAGAGGAAUGGGAAAGUACUAGAAAAAUUCAAAA